GCCACCCCAUAUUGCAGCAUAAAUCUUUGCUGCGUUGUGAAAUAAAUAUGGGAUGCUUAGGUUAAAACCAAAAAACAGGGAAUUUACAAAUGGACAGAAGGGUUUGUGAUGCAGCACUGGAAGGAGAUGUUACCACUUUUUAUCAGUUAAUUCAAGCAGAUCCACUUGCUCUUCAUAAAGCUGCUGUGAAGUGUGAGGAUAAGAAUCCUCUUCACCUAGCAGCAAUAUUGGGCCAUGUAGAUUUUGUAAAAGCAAUCUUACAAAUUGAAUCUGCUCAUUUUAUGUGUUGGGCUCGGGAUCGAGAUGGCAGAAACCCUUUACAUCUUGCUGCCAUGCAUGGAAAAUUGCCGGUCUUGUUACUGCUAAUUCGUGGCGGAUUUCGAGCAGCUCUAGAGAAGACAGACGGCGGGGGAACCGUUUUGCACCUCUGCAUCAAAUACAAUCAGCCGGUAGCACUGAAGAUACUGGCUGACAAAUUAAAAGAUCCAGAGUUCGUGAAUGCCAAAAAUGAAGAUGGCAUGACCAUAUUGCACCUGGCCGUGUACUAUGAGCAACAUGAGACCAUCAAAUACUUGCUAGUUGACGCUGGAGUAGAGGUGAACAUCAAGAACGCAAACGGGAAAACCGCGUUAGACCUUUUGUUUGGGCAGGGAAUCACCAAAAAUUCAGAAAUUUCAAGGUCUCUUCAGGAGGCUGGUGCCUUGAAAGCCAAGGAUAUUCGCUCCCCUAUUGACGACCGAAAGCUCAAGCAGCUAGAGUGGUUCGACAAAAGCAGAGAAGCACUAAUGGUGGUGGCCAUACUUAUUGCAACCAUGGCUUUUCAAGCUGGGAUAAGCCCUCCAGGAGGUCUGUGGCAAGAUGACUUGUUAGAAGGACCAAAUCCACACACAAUAGGAGAAGCUGUUAUGGCACAAAAGCAUCCAAAAUAUUACUGGCUUCUGAUUCGGACAAACACAAUAGCAUUUGUUUCAUCUCUGAGCACAAUUAUUUUGCUCAUUCGUGGGUCGAGCAUCCCCAGCAAGUACUUUAUGCCGCUGUUGGCCUUCGUCAUGUGGCUAGCCAUUGCAACCAUAGCCAUAACUUAUGGUAUAGCAUUUGUUACAGUAGCACCAAAAGGAGCAAGAGGGCGGCAAUUGGGUAAUACAAGUGAUAUUCUAGUCAUCCUACUCAUGGUCUGGAGCGGUUGGAUGGUCGCAACCCUGUAUGAGAUAAACGCUCUGUUCAAGAAAUGGCUGAAAAUUCGCCGGAUGGACAGCAGAAGCUACUUGUUUUUUUAUUUUGGCAGUCAGGUGCUCUCUCGGCUCAGCUUGCGGGCACCCAGGCCUAAUGGCAGAGUUACUCCACCUACCCCAACCCCAAUCCCAAUCCCACAUCCUUGACAUGCGGUUUUCUGUUUCUGUGAAUUGUAGAGUGACAAAUGGACAGAAGGGUCUGUGAUGCGGCACUGGAAGGAGAUGUUACCACUCUUUAUCUGUUACUUCAAGAAGAUCCACUUGUUCUUCGUAAAGCUGCUUUGAAGUGUGAGGAUAAGAAUCCCCUUACGUGUGUUUAGUGCGUGAUUGUUGGAGAAUUUUCAAAAUAAAGGGUUGCAACUAUAAUGACUAGUAGUUGGUUAUGGUGCCUAUUCACUAAAGCCAUGGAUUAGCGAAUGGGCAUGUCCAUUUUCAAGGGACAUGAAUGGCUCUUUAAAUAUAACCAACAUCCAUAUUAGUUUGUAUAUGGAGUGAUUUGGAUUGUUAUAAUCACUAGGGGUGGCACCCGCGCUCGACGCAGGAAUUGUAACUUGGUGGCUUCUUCUGUAAGUAGGCGGUAUAGACCAUCUUGCAUUGUAGCCAACGCACGAAAAUAAUGCAUUAAUUGGAACAAUUGUUUUAG